AUGGGUGCACGGAAGAAGAGAGCGUUAGUUCAAGCAGAGAGUGAAGGCCCAUGCUCAGGCCCUGAAGUACUGCUGCUGGGAGAGGCCAACUUUUCCUUUGCCUUGGCUUUGGCGGCUCUGCUCGUUCCGCCCAAGGAGGAGAAGCAAGGCCAGCAAGCCUUGGCUCCGGAUCUGCAGGCGCAGCUCCAGGCAAAGCUUGAGGAGGGUUACCAGGAGAGGCUCCGCGUUGCCUCGGCCUACUUGCACCUGCCUCCAGACAUCUGCCGAAACUUACGGAUCACUGCAACGUGCUACGAGACCUACCCGGAGCACAGGUUGCAAUCGAGCAGAAUCGAUCAUAUUGCCACUGAGUUGGUUGAGAAAUACCCGGAAGCAGCCGGCAUUCUCUCACGGCUUCGUGCCUUCGAAGAGUGGGUGGAAGUAAGGUUUGCUGUAGAUGCUUUGCGGCUUGCAGAGUGCUUCAAGGGCAAGUGGGAUGUCGUGGCCUGGAACCAUCCGCAUCUUGGCACAGAGGAUCUUAAGCUACAUGGUUACUUGAUGGCCCAUUUCCUGAACGAAGCAGUCAGAUCUCUGCGCCCGAACGGGGUUGUCGUAUUGGCACUGCUGGAAGGCCAAGAAAAGCGAUGGGAGCUCCUAAGACAUGCCUCUACACAGGGGUUCGAUGUUCGUGAGGCCGGGCCCUUUGAAACCGCAGCCUUCCCUGGCUACGAAUGCAAGCGCAACAGCUCCGGGAAAUCCUUCAAAAACUCACAUGUGCAACGCACCACAAAAGCACCGAUGGAGAGCUGGCUGUACCACCUGCACCUGGGUGCUCUUGACUCACGUGACUCACGUGAAGCUGAAGAACUUGAGCUCCAAGCGGCACCAGAAGCUGCAAGACCAUCCCGGCAAUCUCGACCAUCUCACAAGCCUGAGUCUUCUGCUGUACUCCGAUGCACGGAGUGUGGAAAGGUGUUCUCAUGUACACAGGGUUUGAAGACCCAUGUGAGACAGGUCCAUGAGCUAAAGAAGUAUGACCGGUCUAGAGGCAUACUGAGUUGCCAGACAUGUGGCAGGGCUUUCCAAGACUCAGAGGCCUUAACUCAGCACAACCUGGCGGCCCACAGCGGUGACUCAGUCGGCCGAAGCAGGCCAAAAGUUGGCUAUGGCUACGAUGGCCACAGAGCUUGCCAGGUUUGUGGCAUGAUGCUGCCUUUUGGCACCUCCAACGCAGCCCAUUUGCAAGCCUUGAGACCCGCAGUGGACCUUCCUGUCAGCUGCCCUUGUGGCCGCUCCUUCGUAGAGCCCCGGGCCUUGGAACAGCACCAGCGCUUCUGUUCGACUGCAGCCUCCGCAUCCGCACAGUCAGCAAAGCCGGCUUUUGCUGCCCACCUAGCGGCACUGCUGCGAAAUUUAUGUCCCUGCUGUGACGGCAUGCAGAAAACAGGGCUCGUGUGCAUUGGAACACACUUGUUGUACCGGCAUCAUGUCUCGGGCUGUCCAGUUGUUCACGAGAUGCUUGCAGUAGGAAGUCUUCAACGUUGCGAGGGUUCAUAUCCUGCAAUUCACACAUGGUCAGCAUCUUGGUCCGUAAGGCCUGUGCCUGGGCUUUGUUUGGAAUUAAGUCGGUUCGGUUGGUUGGUGCCUGCGUAA